AUGUUGUCCUCUAUACAGACACUGGACAUUGGCUAUAAUCGACUAACCGGGAAACUUCCAAGGUCUCUCCAAAACUGUUCAUCUCUACAGUUUCUAAGUGUUGACAACAACAGAAUCAAAGACACGUUUCCUUUCUGGCUCAAGGCUUUACCAGAUUUGCAAAUCCUUACCCUCCGUUCAAACGAAUUCUAUGGUCCAAUAUCUCCUCCUCAUCAAGGUCCUCUCGGAUUUCCAGAGCUGCGUAUAUUUGAGAUAUCUAAUAAUAAGUUUACUGGGAGCUUGCCACCAAAUUUGCAAUACAAAGGUCUACACAUGGAGCAAGGGAACGUCCUUACUUCCUACGCCACCAUUGAUUUUUCUGGGAAUAGACUUGAAGGACAGAUUCCUGAAUCUAUCGGUCUUUUGAAGGCACUGAUUCGCACUCAACCUGUCGAACAACGCCUUCACAGGCCAUAUUCCUCUGUCUUUGCCAAUCUUAGCAAGCUCGAGUCACUAGACCUAUCAAGCAACAACUCUCUGGGACUAUUCCUAAUGGACUCGGGAGCCUCUCGUUUUUGGAGGCUUUGUGGUCUUCCUCUCAAGAAACUUGCUUUCAGCACUAACGCACCACAACAACAACCAGAGCAAGAAAAAGAAGAAGAAGAAGAACAAGUGUUGAGCUGGAAAGCAGUGGCAAUAGGGUAUGGGCUUGGAGUGUUGUUCGGAUUGUCAAUAGCACAAGUCAUUGCUUCAUACAAACCAGAGUGGCUCUCCAAGAUUAUUGGUCCGACUAAGCGUAGAAACCGUUAG